AGAGGUGGGGACCCAAGAAGAGAGAGAGUGGAAGCAGAGGAGAAGGACGAGAACGGAGACCGCCGAGGCAACAUGUUGGCAACCAAAUUUUGGGACCGUUUCAUCAGGCAGGUCAAGAGAAACCCCGGACUCAUCCCACUGAUCAGCUUCAUUGGCCUGGGGAUGGGCAGCGCUGCCCUUUACCUGCUUAGACUCGCCCUACGCAGCCCCGACGUCAGCUGGGACAGGAAGAACAAUCCCGAACCCUGGAACCGCCUGAGCCCCAAUGACCAGUACAAGUUCCUGGCUGUCUCCAUGGACUACAAGAAACUGAAGAAGGACCGGCCGGACUUCUGAAGUGGGAGCGCAGGGGAGGGGCAGCAGCCGGGGGCUCCAUUCUAAUAAAACGCCCUGAAAGGCCAAAGCUG